UCCUGCUUGCACGGCUACAACGUCUCGAUCAUCGCCUUCGGUCAGACGGGCAGCGGAAAGACGCACACGAUGCGCGGAGGUCAGGAAAGUAGUAUCUUUUGACAAAUUGUGUCAAGAUCUAAGUCCUUGAGAAGAUCAAAGUCUUUGGGAAGGCGUCGAAAAUGGAUUUUAAGCUUUUUCAAGCAUCUUUUUUUAUUCUUGACAACUUCUAAUAUUUAAGAACGACAGUUCAUUGAAAAAAAUUUUUUUCUGUUCGUUUUUUGUUCAUUUCAAACAGGGGUUUGUCUAAAAUUUCUAGAUUUUAUUAAAAAGUUUUACCGAAAGAUUUUUUUCCAUAGAAAAAACUAAAUCAAGAAAUGCUGAUUUUUUUCUCCUCCAAACAAUCGAGAACGGAUUUAAGGAAAGGACCACCUCGAGGGAAUAAUUCCUCGCGCCGUGAAGUUCAUCUUCGAGCAGGCCAAAUCUCUGGAGCAGAUCGGAUGGAAGGUUUCCCUCUCUUCCGCUUUUCAAUCAAUAAGACUGAGAAUUCAGUUCGAGUUUUCCAUCGCUCUGCCGGAAAUCUACAAUGACGAGGCCUUCGACCUUCUUAAUAAAAGGUCCAAAGUCGAUGUGAGUUUUGACUUAUGAAACGAAAAAAAGGAACAAAUGAAAAAUUUUCAGCUGAAAUUGACCGGACAAGAGCUGACGACUGUCGGCCUGACGAGCAGGUCGAUUAAGGCCCCGAGAGAGGUCACUUUUUGAUCCUGUCUAGUUUUUAAGAUUUCAUGAAGUUUUUUUUUGCGUUCGUAACGGCAAAAAUGAACUUGUAUGCAAUUCUAGAUCUAUUUUAAAUUUUUUAACUGUAGAAGCUACGAAAUAAUGGUUAAGAUCUUUCGUCUUACAAGUUUUAGGGAAUAAAUCAAUAGUUUUCUGCGACCAGAGGGAGAAGAUCUGAAUACCCUCAAAAAUGAGCUAAAUCGGAGAAGUUUGCGACUUUUGAUGGUCCAUAACUUUCUUCACAGACCUCCGCCGCAGGUUUUGAGACCAGAUUUCGAAUCAGCGUAUAAAACCACAAAAAUCUCAUCUAGAAGUCCCGAUGUAUGCUCAGAAAAAUCCCUGGUUGGAAUUGAAAAAUAUAAAUUUAGUCUUAUUUUUUUUGGAACAUUGAUACACUUUAGGAUCUUUAAAAAGCUUCUCAUUCCUUCAAAGCCAAACAAAUAGACUUAUUUCAGCUCUCCUCGAUUCUCGCCGAAGCUGACGCGGCUCGGAAGACGGCCGCCACCAAGUGCAACGAGUUCUCCUCGAGGUCUCAUAUGGUGUUCCAGCUCAACGUCAAGGCGACGAAUGAAGAGCAAGGUGCCUUAUUGAGAAGCAGCGAUAGAACACAGGGUAUUUUCAGCCUCGACGCAAAAGUCUUGCCUGAAGCUGGUGGAUCUGGCCGGUUCGGAACGCGCCAAGGAGAGCGGCGCCGAAGGAGAUCGCUUCAAGGAGAUGACCUUCAUCAACAAGUCGCUCGCCUGCCUCCAGAACUGCGUCCGCAUGCAGCGCGAGAAGGUUUUCAUCUGACUUGAAACUGUCUGACCUGCCUGCGUCUCUUUUCCCUCAGCACUAAUAAAUAUGAAAAGAUCGACGCGACAGAAAAAUCGGACUGUAUCAAGUUGUGGCAAUAGAUUUAAAAAGGGAAACCGAAGAAAUUUUAAAUUCGAGUUGCGUACAAAAAGUCCUAGAAAACGAGAAAGUCUCCAUAGGUCUGUUGUAGCCAAUCGGAUAAAAAAAAGUUUUCCGCUUUCUAUGUUUUUUUAAAUGGUGUAAAAGUCAUUUUUCUCCAAAAGUUCCUCAUUCUCAGUUUAAAUUCUCAGUUAGUCCAUGUGACGUCGAAAAACCAGCUUCUAAACAGACUGUACAGGUGCAAAAAUAGGUUAGAAGGUUUUUUUUUUUUUUUGGUUUUUUUGUCUUGCACAAGUUGAGCUUUGGGAUUUACAUCUAGUACAUUCGUUUUCCAGAGUAUCCAGAGUAAAUUGAACUCUUCAGCAUCCAAAAAAGAAGAAAGUUUUUUGGAAAAUUGGAGAAACUUCAAAUUUGUUUUGAAGCUCAAUUUUCUCUUUUUUUAGAAGGCACAUGUGCCCUACCGCGACUCGAAGUUGACAAUGUUGCUGCGAGAUUGCCUCGGCGGCGGAAAUUCCAAGACGAUGGUCAUUGUCAAUUUGAACCCUCUGGAUAGUCAGAGCAACGAGACGAAGCGAAGUAUAGAAUUCGCGACGAGAGUAUGACCCUCGAAGUCCAUUACAUUCAUAGAAGAAAACUUCUCAGAUGAGGACAACGAAAAUUGGCGUUGCUCUGAAAGAUGCGGACAGUUUGGCAGAUCGCGCAUCACUGUAA